AUGCAAAGCGCAGCAGCAGCUGCUGCUGCUGCUGCGGCGGCGGCAGCAGCGACUGCGGCAGCAGCAAGUGUUCAAACUGCAGCCGCAGCAGCAGCAGCACUGUUUUUCUAUACAUUUUCGCGUAUUUGCGGUUACAAAGAGUUUCCGCUUGCUGUUGCUGCAGCAGCAACAGUAAAAACGCCAGCAAGUGCAGCAGCAGCAGCAGCAGCAGCAGCAACAGCAGCAGCAGCUGCAGCAACGGGCGAAAACGACAGCGGAGAUAACUGCAUAUUCUCUGGUUUAGCUGGUAUGUCUUUUCACGCAUCUGAGUCAGGGCCCCCCCGCAGCGCAGCAGCUGCAGCAGAUGGCAGAAGGGGGUUUAGACUUGGAGGCCGUGGGGGCCCCAGCAGCAGCAGCAGCAGCAGCAGCAGCAGCUACGGGGGGCCCCACAGCAGCAGUGGAGGAGGGGGGGGGGCCCGUGGGGGCCCCCCUUACGGUGGAAGGGGUCGUGGGGGGCCCCACAGACACCGCCCAAGGCAUGCGCAGCACCAGCAGCAGCAGCAGAAGCAGCAGCAGCAGCAGCAGCAGCAGCGGGAAGGGGGAGGUGAGAUAGUGAGUGUAGAUGCAUGCAAAGUGUUUGUAUCUGCUGCUAUAGCAGCAGGAGCUACAAUUCUUGGGGAUCAGCCUGAGCAGCAGCAGCAGGAGCAGGAGCAGCAGCAGCAGCAGCAGUUUGAAGUGGUGGAGUGCGUAGUUUGCUGCGAGGAGACACCCUGUGCUGCAGUAGGCAGCUGCAGCCACGUUUGCUGCUGGAUGUGCGCUGUGCGGCUGCGGCUAGGAUCCCGAGAGUUUUAUAGCUGCCCCUUUUGCUUCUGUUCGUCUCCUUUGCUGCUGCUGCUGUUUACUGGUGAAUGCCCUUCGCGUGUCUCUGUUAAGGGGCCGCUGCAUGCGCUGCUGCAGCCCCCACAUUAUGCUGCUGCUGCUGCUGCUGCACUGCCCCCUCACCUUGUCUGUCCUGCAGCAGGGCUUGCAUUUGCUUCUGCUGCUGUCCGGAGGUUUGUUGAAGCCUUGCUGCAGCUGCGUUGCUGGCAGCAAAGCUGCAGAGACACAUGGAUGUUCUCUUAUGUCUUUGCUGCUGAUAUGCAGCAGCAGCAGCAGCAGAUGCAGCUCGCUAUUGCUGCUGAAGCAGACGCAAAGCAACACGCAGCAGCAGCAGCAGGCAGCAGCCGCUCCAGGGGAGGCAGCAGCAGCAGCAACAACAACAGCAGCAGCAGCAGCAGCAGUGAUGAGUUUCUUCAGUUCACGGGGCCCGCGGAUGAUGCGCAUGUCUUUACCUCGCUGCAGCAGCUGUCUAUACACCUCAAUAAACAGCACUCGCUGCAGCUUUGCUCUGUCUGUCUCCUAGGUAGGAAAGAGCAGCUGCUGGUGCAGCAGCAGCUGCUGUCUCCUCGUCUUUACCGUCUCCACAUGCAGCAGCAGCAGCAGCAGCAGCGUGGGGGAGGCCGCAAUGCCGAUCCUGCUGCAGCAGCAGCAGCAGCAGCAGCUGCUGCUGCUGCUGCUGGGGUGUCUGUACAUCCCAAGUGCAGCGUCUGCAAUGAACGAACCCUUGAUGGAGAGCAUUUGCUGCUGCACUUUAGAGACACACACUUCUCGUGCCCGCUCUGUGAACAAGACUUUCAUCGGCUUGCUGCUGCUGCUGCUGCUGCUGCUGAUGCAACAACAGAACGCCCCCCUUCAGCGGAGAUGGUGCCGGUGUUUGGACAGCUACAUGAGCUGCAGCAGCACUACCAGCAGCAGCACUACCCCUGUCCCCACAGAGACAGCUGCCCCCUUACAGUGUACAGGCAUCUCACCGAUCUGCAUGUGCAUAUUGCUGCUGUUCACGGGGGCAACAGCAGACCAAGCGGCAGCAGCAGCAGCAGCAGCGGCGUUACUAGCACCAGCAGCAGCAGCUACAAUAACAACAGGGGGAGACAGCAGUAUGGCACGGGCAGCAGCAGCAGCAGCAGCAGCAGCAGCAGCAGCAGCACAGGGCCGGUGCCGCUGGCCUUGAGAGGAGACUAUGCAGCAUACAGGAGACAGCUUCUGAAUUACUGCAGGAGACACCCGCAGCAGGAAGCAGCAGCAACUGCUGCACCAGCUGCUGCAGCAGCACCUGCAGAGACAGCAACGGUUCGCUGGGUGCCUCGCAGCAGCGCCAGGAGUGAAGCAACAGCAGCAGAUGCUGCUGCUGCUGCAGCAGGCACAGACAAAAGGCAAGAUCUUCGCGUUGAGGAGCUUCCUUGCAGCAGCAACAGCAGCAGCAGCAGCAGCAACAGCGGCAGCAGCGCAGUUGACAGCUUGAGGCCCCCUCCAGGGCUCCCUUCUCCACGUGCGCGCAUGCAGGCUGAAGCAGCAGCAGCAGCAGCUGUUGCUGCAGAUGCUGCGCAUGCAGGAGAGGACCAGCAGCAGCGAGAAGACGACAGCGGUGCGGAGUCUUUUGUUUCUGCUGCUGAUGCUGCUCCUGCUGCUGCUGCUGCAGAUGCUGCUCCUUCCCGUGAGGCUGGCAGCAGGCUGUCUCCAUUGUCUCCAGCAGCAGCAGCAGCAAGUGCAGCAGCAGCACCACCAAAGAAAGGCAGCAUUCUGCCUACCUCCGUUGCCCUGGAGCAGCUGUUUGCUGCGCUGCAGCAGCAGCAGGAGCAGCAGCAGCAGGCUGCUGCUGCUGUUGAAGAAGCAAGCCGUGCUGCUGCUGCUACUGUUUUGCUGCUGCCCGAUAAAGAAAGCAAGCGCAUCUCUAGGCUAUCACUUGAGCUGCUGCAGCAGCUGUUGCAGCAACCGCAGCAGCAGCAGCUCCGCAGCAUUGCUGCAGCCCUCACAGCAGCAGACCAGCAGCUGCAGCAAGACUUGCAGCACGAGCAGCAGCAGCAGCAGCACCAACAGCAGCCGCAGCAGCAAGGGAAUCGCAUGAAGCAGCUGAAGCAGCAGCGGCAGCAGCUGUUUGAGGACUUCGUUGCGCAAGCUGUCUUCAUCAUCUUCAGCAACAGCAGCAGCAGCAGCAGCAGCAUCAGCAGCAGCAACAUGAGCAGCAGCUGCAAGGGUGACAUGCUGCUGCUUCGCAACACGCUGCAAUCAGCAGCAGCAACAAUACCGGAUUCACCUCAGGGUUUGCUGCUGCUAUGCCUCGCCUUAGGGGCCUCCGAUAGCGCGAAGCGUUUGCUGCUGGUGGAUGCUCUGCGGCGGGUUGCUGCACUCAUGCAGCAGCAGCAACAGCAGCAGCAAGAGCAGCAGCAGCAGCAGCAGGUGGAGCCGGAGUCUUCGAAUGAGCAGCAGGAUCGGCCUCUCUCUAUUGCUGAUGCCUUGAGGACUGCAGCAGCUCCUCAGCGCCCAGCAGAAGCAGCAGCAGCAGCAGAAACUCAGCAGCAGCAGCAGCAGCAGCAGCAACGGAUCUGCGUGCUGCAGCAUCUAUCUGUCUCCGACUUGCCCUUCAGUGCUUCAACCUCCUUCCUUGAAGCCUUUGGUUUUCUGCUGCAGCAAAUACAGAACUGCAGCAGCAAAGGAAAAGGCAUGCUGCAGCAGCAGCAGCAGCAAAAAGUUAAGAAGGGAAAGCUGCUGCAGCAGCACACACAGCGACUCAGGCAGCAACGCAUCGACACGGGAAAUGCAUGGGGAGUGCAGCAGGAGCAGCAGCAGCAACUGCAGCAGCAGCAGCAGCAGCAGCAGCAGCAGCAGCAGCAAGGAGAGGCAAUGGACCCUCCAUGUGCUGUUGACGCUAUUAGACAGCUGGCAAUUCCUGCUGCUGCUGCUGUUGCUGUUCCUCUGCUGCAGCUGGAGCUGCAGCAGCUGUCUCUGCUUGCAAGGGAUCUGUCUCCCUUCGUCACCAACACCAAACUCCUGGAGGAGUGCCAAGCCUUGGGCCCUGCGUUUUACUGCUUGCGGAGAGGCGUUGGGGGAGAGACUGCUGCUGCUGCUUCUGCUGCUGCUGCUGCUGCUGAUUGGCUGCAGCGCUGCAGCACUGUGCUGAGUGCAGCAACACCAAAAGAAAUAUCGCUUCUUGCUGCUUACACAGAGGCCUGCAGCAACCGCUUGCCUCAAGCAGAUAUGCUUCAGGCCUUCCCUGCUUUAGAGCCUCGCGCCCUACCCGUACAGCAGCAGCAACAGCAGCAGCAGAACUCAGUCAGCCCCAUUUGGCAGAAGAAGACCCGUAGGGCGUUUAAUGUGGCUGAGGACUUCCCUUCUCUAACUGCGAGCAGCAGCAGCAGUAGCAGCAGCAGCAGUAGUAGUAGUAGUAGUAGCAGCAGCAGCAGCAGCAGCAGCGCCGGGGGCUGGAGCAGAGCUGCAGCAUCACGCAGCAGCCCCGCUGCUGCUACUUCGGCAGCAGCUGCAACUCCUGCUGCUGCUGCUGCUGCUGCACCUCGCCGCUCUGGUCGUGCGCCUAUUGCUGCUGAUGAUGAGGAUCAGUUCCCCUCGCUGCCGCAGCAGCAGCGGCAGCAGCAGCCGCAGCAGCAGCAACGCCAGCAGCAACAGCGUCAGCAGCAGCAGCAGUGGGGCGCCAGCAAAGAGUCCAACCUGAACCCGACUUGCAGCGCAUGCACCUUCAACAACCCGCGAGGAAGAAAUCGCUGCGCUGUCUGUAACACUCCGCUGCAGCCUAUGUGCAGCAGCAGCAGCAGCAGUAGCAGCAGCAGCAACAGCAGCAGCAGCAGCAGCAGUAGCAGCAGCAGCAACAGCAGCAGCAGCAGCAGCAGCAGCAGGGCCCCGGACUUGAGAGAGGCCUUCCCCGCCUUACAGGCAUCCAACGAACGACGAGGCACCCCACAGCACCAGCAGCAGCAGCAGAGGCAGCAGCAGCAGCAGCAGCAGCAGCAGAACCAGCAGCGCAAACCCCUCACGCUAGCAGACGUUAAGACUAAAGGCAGCAAAAGCAGCAGCAGCAACAACAACAACAACAACACAAGUUAG